AUGGCGGACAAGCAUGGUAUAAACAAUCAAUACCACCAUAACGAACGUAUCACGUUCCUGUGUCCGAAUCAUGGGGAACACCACGUCGAUCUCAGUUCACCCACCGACCUAGAUCGUCUGGAGUUUAACACACCUCUUCGCAACCUGAUACGAGCAAUUAUCAGCGGCAGGGAUGUGGACAGGUCGUGGAUUUUGUGUACUGGAUCAGACUACGCUGGCUUCUAUCAAGAGCAAUUCACAUGGCGGCUUUUGCCGUGCCUGAAGGAAGCGCCGCUUAUUUUUUAUGCCCCUCAAAUUCUUGACUGGUCUGGGGCCAAACUUUCCAAAAGCUUGUAUGUCAAAAGAGGCGCUUAUGCAUACUUGCGCGAAGCUGAACGCCAGUACCUACUGGAUGUAGAAUUGUUGUUGAGUAUCGAAUAUGGACUGGAAGCACUUUAUUCUGAAGUGCAGGAAUGGGUGGAAAGGCCUUUCAUGCUCUUUAGGAACUACACUCUCGUUUAUCUUGAUAAGCAACUGGCUGCACGGGGCAUGGGACUGCGCAAAUUGAGUAGUACUGUUUAG